CAGGCGAGCCCAGAGCGCAGCCAGGCGCGGCGGGACCGCCCCGAGCCCCAGCCCCGAGCGGACCGGCCCCGGCUCAGCCCCCCUCCCAGCGCCCGGUGCCAGAGCCAGCCCCGGAGCCGCAAUGGCGGAGUACUGCAGCCUGCUGAAGGAGCUGGCGGAGAACAUCACCAACGAGGACCUGGACCAGCUGAAGUCGGCCUGCAAGGAGGACAUCCCUAGUGAGAAGCACGAGGCGAUCACCACGAGCAAAGACUGGUUCAGUUUCCUGGAGGAGCACAACAAGCUGGACAAAGACAACCUCUCCUACAUCGAGCACAUCUUUGAGAUCUCGCGGCGCCCGGACCUGCUGACUGUGGUGGUGGAGUACCGCACCCAGGUGCUGAAGAUCUCCGAGGAGGACGAGGUGGACACCAAGCUGACCCGCAUUCCCAGCGCCAAGAAGUACAAAGACAUCAUCCGGCAGCCCUCGGAAGAAGAGAUCAUCAAACUGGCCCCCCACCCAAGAAAGCGUGGAGGGGGGGGAGGAGGAAGAAGGGGUCGGCUGCCAGGCCCACCACUUUACCCCCCCAGCCCUGCUCCACCACCGUCAUCCCCCUCCCCCACCCCACCAGCCCCGCUCGCCCCCCCUCCCCCGCCACUCCUCACCUCGUGCCACCCGAUGGUGUGGGGAGAGCUUGGGUCACUAACACAGUCCGAAUGCCCCCCUCCCCAGCAUGUGUCUGGCCUUGGGGAUGGGAGGGCUGAUACGGAUGAGCCCUAGGGGAUGGGGGGGGACAUUCCUAUGCAAGCGGAGAUCCAUGCCUCCCCCUCUCCCAGGCUGGGUCUGCACUCAUGCGUGCCCCCUUGUUAGGGGAGAUGGGGCUGAAUCCGAAGGGAACAUCCCCCAGAAGAGAGCCCGGAGCGGGGAGGGAGCUGAGGAAGGAGA